GGGCUAGCCAGCGCGCAUAACAUCCAAAUGAAGGCACACACACGCGAAUGUUUCCACGAGAUGCUGCACCGCGACGACCGCAUGACGGUCACGUUCCAGGUCGGCGACCGGGAGUUUGGCGGAAGUGGGAAUCUGGAUAUUGAUUUCUUUAUCUACAACCCUUCUUCAGUAGCCCAGGUCGCCCAAUUAGGCGUGUCCUCGGGCGACCACUCCUUCACCGCGACCCAGGACGGGAAAUACGAAUACUGCUUCAGUAACGAGGCGUGGAGCAGCACGACAAAGGAAGUCUCCUUCAACGUCCAUGGCAUCGUGUACGUCUCCGAAGCCGACGCUCCACAGGAACCUCUGGAGAAAGAAGUCCGAGCCCUCUCCGAUGCCGUAGCUAGCAUCAAAGACGAACAAGGCUACAUCGUCGUGCGCGAACGCACGCAUCGCAACACGGCCGAGAGCACAAACGCUCGCGUCAAAUACUGGAGUAUCUUUCAACUGGUCAUCCUGUUCGGCGAGGCCUUGUUUCAGGUCUGGUGGCUUAAGCGGUUUUUCGAGGUCAAGCGCGUUGUUUAAAAGAGUACAUUUUUGGAAAGGCUGGCUGGACGGAAGGGCGGGACAAAGAAGGAGAUCCAUGACUAUAGGG